GUCAAAGCGAAACAUCAGAUCUCAGAACUCGAGACGGCUUGAUCACAACUUUGUUACUUUCCUAAUCCAGCAUGCCCAUCUGUAUCACCUGCACUCACCCCAUAUCGCACCUCUACACAGUCUAUGAAUCCGCAUACAACCUGAGACUUGAACAAUGCAGCAAAUGCCUGAAGUUUGCAGAUCCAUAUGUCGAACACGACUCUCUGACGCUCCUCUUGGACCUCAUUCUACUGAAGCGAGAAGUGUAUAGACAUUUGAUAUAUAAUAGAGGGACAGAGCCGCGAAAGGCGCUCGGGAGUAAGGCUGACCUUGACUCGGAGGGAAGUCGGGAAGGUGAGCACACCCUGGCUGUUACCAAAGGCCGACAAAGGGAGAAAGACAGAUGGUGGCUCAUUUUGAAGCUUGCUUGCGGGCUUAUCACUGUCGAUGCAUUUAUUCGAUGGGCACAUCUCAAUCCACAGAUAUCUGCAGAUGUAUCACGGUGGACAGUUGAAACCAACAUUGUCUUCCUCCGGAUCCUCAUUGGAUGCAUUAUAGAAACGUUUGCAUUUCAUGGAGGAGUGAUGUUUGCAUCGUAUUUUGUACUCGCACUCUCAGAUUUCAUUCGUUCAAGGAGAAGUACCUCGCCAGUAGAAAUAUCAGGUGUUCGACAACAGUUCAAGUUCUCGCUCAUCCCUCUGACAAUUUUCUACUCUUCCCUCACGAAGCUUUUCCUUCUGUUCUUGCUCACGAUAUGGCGCCCUUCAGCGUCUAAACCUGGAGGUUCUCCAUACUAUUGGGAUCCUUCAUACUACAGCAGCUCUCUUGUUACACGGGCCCUCGAGAUAUGGGAUGAGGACAAACUAGAUCGUGAGUGGGUCGUUAGGAAUGUUUUGGGUGGAAUGGCGACUGGAUUCGGACUUCGUGUUGUGCUCGACUGUCAUCCUGUCUUUACGACAGUGGUGAUCCUUGUUGGGUGGUUGGCGAAAACAGUUGUUGCGGGAUUUCUCAAGAAUUGGGUGGGUGGAGACGAACAUAGUGGAGACAAAUGGAUGGCGUAUAGUAUCCCGUAGUCUCCCAUAGUCCUCUGUUCCUCUUGCGUAGAAUUGAUUUAGACCGUGGUCUGGC